GUCCCGUGGAAAGUUUCGGAAAGAUCCCAUGGACUGAUGAGGAGAAAAUGGCUAUUCAGCAAUUUAUGACCAGCUUUGUGGCGAUGCGGAAAGUGUCAGGAAAAUACGAAUGCAUCAUGUGCAUUAAAAAAUCAUCUCCUGCUCUUCAGCGGAGGACCUGGAUAGAUGUGAAAUACUUUGUGCACAAUGAGAUCUUAAAGAUAAAAGACAGUCCCGUGGAAACUAAAGGAAAGAUCCCAUGGACUCAGCAGGAGAAAAUGGCUGUUCAGCCAUUUAUGACCAGCUUUGUAGCGAUGCGGAAAGUGCCAGAAAAAUACGAAUGCAUCAUGUGCAUUAAGAAAUCAUCUCCUGCUCUUCAGCAGAGGACCUGGAUAGAUGAUGAUAUGGAUGAACCAGACCUGGGGGAUGCAUCAGUGGUCGUCCUUACAACCAUCAGUGACGAUGCCACAAGUCCAGUUCACUACCACCCAGUGAGAGUCUCUGUUGUUCUACAGGGUGAUGUGAUUGUCAACCUUCCCAGGCUUGCUGAUGCCUUCCUGAUUAGAGACCAUGCUGUAACCACAGACCUUUGGACAGAGGAAAGGACCAACACACACUACAUCACUGUUACAGUGCAUUACAUCCUUGACUGGAAGAUGGUAAACCGGAUUCUGGCCACAAGAGAGAUGGAAGGUGUUAAAUCCAGUGACCACAUCAGAAGCACUGUGGAGGGAAUCCUUCAGGAAUUUGGCAUCCUGAGCACCGACACCGCUUUUGUAACGGAUAAUGGCUCA